CAAUUCAACGUCCGCUUAAAAGGGACGUGUGCUCGAACAGUGAAAAAAAUCUAUCAAUUAAAUUAAACAUAUCAAAACUUAAGAAUUUUUUAAUACUCGAAUUAAUAUUUUCACACCGCUUUAAAAUGGCAACUGCAACAAUGAGCUGGGGACUGCACAUGGAAGCCAUCGAUCGGAUCACAUCCAUUCCACUGGUGGAAUCGAGUGUUAAACGUGUCGAAAAUAUCUACGAUAAAGUUAAGAACAACAAUCGCCUCUUCAGCUGGUAUUUUGAGACAGCGGAGGCAACCAUUACCGCUGCAUACGAAACAGUUCAGCCGGCAGUCAAGCUCUUCGAGAUGCCCAUCAAGCGUCUGGACAAUGUGAUGUGCAAGAGUCUUGAUAUAUUGGAGCAGCGCAUACCGCUCGUAUAUCUGCCACCCGAAAUGAUGUAUUGGAAUACCAAGGAAUACAUGUCGGAUCACCUGGUGCGACCUGUGCUCAAGCGUGCCGAUUCUGUUAAACAAAUCGGGAACGCAGUGCUCGAAAGUUCUCUGACAACUUAUGCAGCGGACCGCAUCGAUGGCGCCUUCACAGCCGGCGACAAAUUCGUGGACAAAUAUCUGGUGCCCAUUCCCACAGAUCAGGAUCAGACAGACGCACCGCAAGACGAUGAUAACGAGCCAGCAGGCACGGCACCGGACGAGAAGGGCGCCAUCAAGGCAAUCCAUCAUGGUCAACGCUUCUCCCGCAAACUGAAGCGGAGACUGACACAAAGAACUCUCGCGGAGGCUCGAGCACUCAAAAAACAGAGCAGAGAAGCGAUACAUGUGCUAUUCUAUGUUGCCGAGCUGAUUGCAACAGACCCAAAGCAGGCCAUGCUAAAGGCCAAGGAACUGUGGGGCUAUCUCAGUGCUGACGAGCCGGAAAAUCAAGCUCGACCCGUAACCCUGGAACAGUUAAUCGUCCUGCUGACACGCGAAUCAGCCAGACGAGUCGUUCACUUGGUUAACUACAGCGCCAACGUUGCGGCUAAUUUACCGAAAAACUUGGCACACACCACCACCGAGGUCGUUCAUCAUAUUGUUUAUAUAAACAAUCGCAUAAUAACCAUUACACGUUUGGAUAAAGUUAAGAAUAUAUCCAAGGAGGAAGCUGAAUCUCUCUUCAAACGCAUGCUUGCCUUCUACGGCGAUCUGCAGCUGCUCACCAAUGGUUAUCUGGAGCGCGUUGCAAGCUUUCUGUCCGGACGCAUCGAAGCUGAGAAGGUGACGGGAGCGGGUAGCGAGAGCAAUGCCGCCAGCCGAGGCUCAAGGAGACGACAGGAGGCAAACAAUUUCUCGCCCGCUCAUAACAAUAUAAAUGGGGUCUAUUGAGAAAUCGAGUUUUUUAUUGCUGUCGUAUUUUUGUUUAUAAUUAUAGAAUUUUGCUUUUG